AUGAACCGCUACCAUGGCAUCAACAGGCCUGCCACAAUUGGGGGUCCUUCAAAGGCAUCUGCGACAACUACGUGCCAAAAUUAUGAGUGCAAAGCAAAUGCGCAAGAGCGUCCAUAUGUUUCCCGACCCUCUCGUACACAACAACUGUCCAAUCCCAAGCUUGUUCCAAAAUUGACCAGUGAUGUACCACAGGAUCUUUUAAAAAAGAAAGGCAUUGCUGAUGAGCAACUUGCGAAACUGGAGCAGGAACGAGGUCGCAAACGUGAGAGGCAAAAUGAAGACAUGGAAACGGGAGCUUCCAAGCGAAGAAGAUCUGCUUCUUCAGCAUCGGUUUCGACAAUAUCUACGAACAUGUCACGUUCGCCCUCACCAAGAGAAGCUCGACGCGCACCCAAUACAUACAAAUCUAGACGUUCCCAUUCACUACCUCAGCCUGCAUCUAAUCGAUACAAGCGUAAAACUCCUAGCUUGUCGCCGUCGCCAUCACCGCCCCGACAAGAUGUACAGCAUUCGGGACAAAAGCGGAGGAGAGACGCAUCCUCUUCCGUAAAUUCAUAUAGCUCUAGAGACGAGGAAGACAUGAGAGAUUCGAGAGAGAGGGGAAAUAGCCGAAGUACCAGAAAGAGAUUCAAUGAUCGAAGCCCUGAGAUUCGUGGGAGGAGGACUGAGAGUCGAAGUCCCUAUAGAGGCAGAAGGAAUGUCUCAACUGAUAGGAGACGAUUUGAUGAGCCUCGAGUCAACGAAGGGCGUAGAGAAACCUUCGCGUCUUCUGCAGCUCAUGCGCCCCCACCGAGGGAGAGGAGCAUGAGUCCAUUUAGUAAGAGAUUAGCACUCACGCAAGCAAUGAAUAUGAGCCGGUAA